UCCACGCGCGUCGCUCGUUCCGUAGUUGGUUCGCGGAGGGAUCACUCUACCUCCCGCCCGCCUUGCGCGCACAAUACGAUGCAAUUUCAAUAAACUUUCAACUAUAACGUGAACAUUGAACAUUAUAGUGAUUGACAAAACAAACUUUGAGUGACGUUGAGUGCGGAAAACUUUACAGUGCUACUAUCUAAAGGAUGCUCUUGGUUUUCCUGAAAGUUUCGAAAGAAAACUUCUGAGAGGAGAAAAGGAUUCUUCAGCUGGAUUCCACAGACUUAAAAGUGGCUCUCUUCCAGUGGCCAACGGAGCUGAUGGGGCAAGCCUCAAUGGGGAUGAGGAGGUGGCUCGGCUGACCCCAGGCCUGCAGAGGAGUUUCGAGAUGAACGAUCUACCGCUCAACACGUACACCGUGGACACGCGUAGAAUGCAACUGUACUCCCACCCUCACGUUCAUCCGACGGAGCUGUCAAUCCAUGCGAUGUCCACACACGAGCUGUUGAAGCCAAAGGACGAGCCUUCGUACUCUUUGGCGCCCUCGGGAAACUUGUGCUCUGUGAGCUUGCACCACUCAGGUACACCGCCAUACGACCACCGAAUAUGUUUGCAAGACAACGGUGAAGCAGAUACGCCGAAUUCCCAAGUCAAGAGCGAAGAAGAAUUGUCCCGCGUGUAUCAAACCCUAACUUUACCACCACUCCCUAGGGACGACACCAAUUCCAACAAUAACAGGUCUUACUUCAACAACAACAACUACUUAUAUCCAGAAAAAAAGGAUGCCACCUACAAUGAGUAUUUUCAACAACAAAAUGUUAUUUUCAGCAAUGAAACUAAAAGCAAAGCUAAACCACCGGCUCCGUCAAGUCCUGGAAACUCUGAAAUGAAACCUCAGUCCACAACACCGACCUCACAGGCUUUGACAAAACCUCCCUAUUCAUACGUUGCCCUGAUCACGAUGGCCAUUCAAAACAGUCAAAGCAAACGAGCCACUCUCAGCGAGAUAUAUGCUUACAUCACGAAGGAAUUCCCUUACUUCGAGAAAAAUAAAAAGGGCUGGCAGAAUUCCAUAAGACACAACUUAAGCUUGAACGAAUGCUUCAUCAAAGUACCGAGAGAAGGCGGCGGGGAGAGGAAGGGAAACUACUGGACCCUUGAUCCCCAAUGCGGUGAUAUGUUCGAGAACGGGAACUUCAGGCGACGGCGACGGAUGAAGCGGCCGUUUCGCGCGACGCCCUAUUCCAAGACGCUGUUCGGGGACGGGUACCACGUGGCCCACGUGGCCCAGCACGUCCCGCCCCACAUGCAGCCGCUCCCGCUGGGGGCCCGCAACUACUUCGGCUCAGGAUCGCCGUAUCCACCGUCUUACCCGAGAUAUGAUACGACAUGGUUGACCCAGUCGCCGUCGGGCCUGGGGUACUCGGGCGCUUGUGGGGGCAUGGGCCGCAGCCCCCCCGGGUGCUCGCCCCACAGCGCUAUGCCCCACCAGUCUUCGCCAGUGUCGGUCAACCCGUUCGCAAGCCAUCAGCUGCAGGGGCAGCUUCAAAACACAUUGCAACCGAUGCAAACAAUCCCAAUGAAUAGUUACAAUCCAAUUGGAGUCACAUCGCUAGAGGGUUCUUCAAGUCCAGGGCCUGGCUACGCGCCGUCCUCUGGAGGUUUCUCUCCAACUCGACACCACGACAUCGUCACAUCUUCCGAUGCUGCUGUGUCCAGAUUCCCUUUUUGGCCUGAAGGCGGGUCGCCGAGCCCCAACACAGGCUACGUGCCAGCCAGCAACUUCUCGCCCACGCGGCGCCACGAAGCCGUGACGUCAUCGGAUUCGCCAGGAUCUCGCUACUCGUUUUGGCCAGAUGUUGGAGUAAAAGAAGAGGCUUCGUCUAGUCUUGUGUCGAAUGGCCCACCGUAUUCGAAAUGCUUUAUGUAAAGACCAUGUUUGGAGAACAAGACUAGGCAUCUUCCAUUUCUUGCGUUAAGUUGUAAAAAUCAUGUUUGGAGGGAAACAAGACUAUCUUCCAUUUAGGCAUUUAAAUUAUGUAAACCAAAAAUGGAUUUCCAUGAUAUGAUACUGAUUUAAUUUUCAGUGUAUAAAUGUGCACUUUUAUUGAUUAAUAGUUGGUUUAAAGUCACGAUUUUGAUUUGAGCGUUUUGUCAGUGAUUUGUUGAAUGGCGGUAAAUGACGUGCGAUUAAGUUGCCAAAUAAGUGUUAGCUGAUCACAGUAGGGUUGAUGAUAUUGUCCACACCGACAUUAUGUUUCAGACACAUAAUUUUCGAUGAUAAAGAUCUCAUUUAUGGUAGCAUACCGUUAAUAUUAUCUAGUAGAUUGCUUCUAAAUUUCAUCUUGAUGUUUGUACAAGGAUAAGUAGUGUCAUAGUUGUUAGCGAGUUUUCGGUCUAGAAAUACUUACUGCAACAUAACAAGCAGAUGUUAAUUAAAUAUAUUGUAGCCCCUUUUAUUGUGACGUGUAAAUGGAAUCUUAAAUACGAUCUCUUUUCCAAUAGUCUGUGUUUCGUAAUCCGAUUGAAAGGUCACUCUCUAUGAUUGAAUUAAACGUACAGUUAGUAUUUACGAGUUUAUUUGUAUUUGUGGAUUCCAUUCUUCGAUAGUGUAUGAAUACAUCUUUCACAUACUUUGUACUUUUACCUGAUGUAUACGAGUAUUAGAAUAAUCUGGAUGUUAUAAAUAAUACUGUAUGUAGGCUAUAAAACUGGCACGCAUGGAUGCAUUAAAAUUAUUGGAUGAAUGAGAAAUGACUUGAAUCGUCUAAUAUCUACAUUUUAGAAAUUAUACGUACCUACCAACAGUUUCAAUCGUUACAUGUAAGCUUCUUUAAACAAUGCUUUUAAAGGGGAUUAGGUACCUGCUUUACGUAUAGUUGAUAUGGUACAGGUAAGUUCUGUUAUCGUAACACAGUAAAAAGUAGAGUAGACAUUUUUGAAUUUUCUUCCACAAAUAUUUACAUAGUAACUACACAGUACAUAGUGGCUAUUUCAACAUAAGACUACAUGAUUAGAAAGAUACAUAAAUUAAUAGAGCUUAGAUAUCUCUCGCCCAGUUAAACAGUAGGCGUCUUAAACGCAUUUUACCUACACGUAGUUAUGAAGAAAGUAGAGGUUUUAAAAAUUUUACUAUUACUCUUGUAAAUUAAAAAAGUCAACUUAAAUAAAAUUGAUUGAUUCAAACAAUGUAUUAGGUAAGUUAUUAUUAUUGUACUUUGUUUCCGACAUUGAUGUAUAAUGGUGGUCACAUUUUGAUUGUUUAAUUUUGAAAACCUUGGAAUAUGUGAUGGUGCUGAGGUACCAUAGUUGAAUAUGGUUGAUUUGUUUUGUAUUCUUAAACUAACGAUCACACCGACACGUCAAUUCCGCGCGGAAUACGAUAAAGAUAGGUAACGGGCCCAAGGUUUUAACUAUGGGUACGUCCUUAGGUAAUGAUGGGUACAUCUCUAAUUAACUAUGGGUACAUCCGGAAGUAACUAUGGGUACUCCCCUAACGCGCUUUUUAAAUUCCUUCGAUUCUCGUUCGGAAUCCGCAUCGGUUUGUUUGAAGUUCAAUUGUAUAUAAUUUCAUAUUGUUGUACAGUUACAUUUGCUAUGAGUUUAAUACCAAAAUUCUUGUUUUAUUUAUUUGUUUUGUAUAUAAAUAUCAGCCCUAUACACUGUUUA